UAAUUAUAAGUCAAUUUAACGCGAUUAUAUUGACGUUAAUAAUAUAUAAUUUAUGUAGAAACGAUAAACUUCCGUGUUAUUACUAUCUAUAAAAAAUCAACUUUUGCAAAAUACGUUACACUCCUACGAAGAACGUCUCUAUUUGUCAAUUUCGCAGAACGAGAAAAAUAUAAAAGUAAGGUUAUGGUUAUGUCACUGCGGACUGUCAAAGCGCAAUAAUUCGUGACCGGUGUUUAUUUACAAAUAAUAUCCCAAAAAAAAUUGAAAAAAUGUCGCUGUGGAAACUGAACAAGUGUAUUUUUGAUAAAUCCAAGACCGUCGUAUCAUCUAAGGUUCCUCAACCGGGCUCUAAGCUUUCACUGCGAAGGAACCAAACCGAAGUACAAAACCCUCCUAUUGGGCAGUCGUUUAAUAAAGAUUCAACUAUUGAUGCAGCCGACGUGAAAUUCUUUUCUCAAAGAAUGAAAGAAUGGUGGAAUCCGAAUGGAGAGUUUCGUUUGCUACACAGCAUGAAUUUAAUAAGGGUUCCGUUCGUCAGAGAUGGCCUAGUAUCUGCUACAAAGAAAGACUUACAUCCUUUGAGGGAUAAAAAGAUUUUAGAUGUAGGCUGCGGAGGAGGCAUUCUGUCUGAGGGCCUGGCGAGACUUGGAGCAGCGGUCACGGGCAUUGAUGCUAGUAAAGAGCUUAUUGAAAUAGCUGAGCAUCACAAACAUGUUGAUCCAAAAAUUGCUGAAAACAAACCAAAGUAUAUUCACUCUACUGUAGAGGACCACGCCAAAUCGACAUCCAAUUUUUAUGAUGGAAUAGUAGCUUCGGAGGUGAUAGAACAUGUGAACAACCAGGAACUAUUUGUCAAGUCUUGUGUACAUGCAUUGAAACCGGGGGGCAGAAUAUUCUUUACGACCCCUAACAGGACGAGAUGGUCGCAAUUUUUUGUUAUAUUCUUUGCUGAGAAUGUACUGAAAACUAUACCUCAAGGGGCCCAUCAGUAUGAGAAGUUUAUUACGCCUAAUGAACUCACUUUUUUGUUAGAAAGAAAUAAUUGCCACGUAGAACUGACUUACGGCGUGACAUUGAACCCAGUUACUGGCCAAUGGGACUUCUCACAAUUUCAACAUCUGAUGUAUGCCAUCCAAGCAGUAAAAUUAAGUUAAUUUUCAAAGAUAGAGGCUUAUCUUAAGAAAAAUAUCGGUGUCAGAGUAUUAAGUUUAUUUGAUUUUUAAUAUGAACAUGCGAGAAGCGGUAUAAAUUGUUACACAAAGUAUGACUUUUAAUAGAACUGUUAAUUUAUUGCA